AUGUCUCGCUCCGGUAUUCACAGUAGUGUGAUAUGCACAUUGCUGUUAUUUGUUGCUACCAUCGUCCGAGGCCAGACCACUACCUUUUCGACCCUUCCGCCUGCACCAACAUACUCCGACGGAGAAUUCACGAGUCCAGACACUAGUAGAAACCAGGUCAUCGACAAAGGCGUCAUUUGGAACGUUACCUGGGAGACAAGCUUCAACAGUGUCAACUUGUAUCUCAUAUUUGGAGACGGAUGGAACAGUCCAAAAGCGCUAACAAUCGGUACCACGGAUACCUAUUACAUUUGGACGGUCGACGACUCUGGCAACAACACGCUGCCCUUCACAUUUCGAAUUGCCAAUGCUCAAGGAACUGAAGAUGAGCAAGCGAACGGUGGCUUUGCUACAGGCGGGUUCUGGAUCCGCGAUGAUGCUUUAGCGAGCACGACUUCAUCAAGCACGACGUCUUCGACCACGAGUACAUCUAGCACACAAACAUCUAGUACACAAUCAUCAAGCACGAGUAUACCGAGCACGACUUCAACGAGUACUUCAUCUACCAUGACGGCCAGCCCAGCCAGCACGACUCCAAUCAACCCCGCUACCAGUGAUCGCUCUGCUCAGGGUACGUCGUACUCCGGACCCCCUCUAUCUUCUUCUGGAUCGCCUGCUCUUGAAACCAACACUUCAGCGCCGUCCCCCACCAACAUAUCCAGUCCUUCAGGCCUGUCCACCGGUACACUAGCUGGCAUAGUAGUCGGUGCAGUAGCCUUACUUGCCAUCAUUAUCGGCGCCUCUCUUUACUUCCGAAGACAGCGAAGACCUUUGCUAUCACCGAAACACCAAGACCUGAUGGAGAUCCAGAUGUCUCAAGAUGGUCAAUGGGGACAUUCCAAGCCAACUUACACAGUCCAUGAUCCCUCGUCGUUUCAUGAAAAAUCAGCAGACGGGAUUGUGGAAUUGCCCAACUAUCGAUCCUCUCGUAGGCAUGAGCUCGAGUGA